GCUCUUACAACCCUGCGCAAUCCGCAACUACAGAUUCUUAAUAUUCACCACAAUCGUAUAACAUUGGCAGAUGUAUGAGACCAUGGCUUUUGUUCAUAUACACAGGGAAGAAGGCAAUCUCCAAGGAUAUUAAUUGGUUCGGUGAGCAUGCGUAAAUGGGAUAUUUUAAGAGCAAAUGAUAAUCUAUCUCCUACAAACGUUUACCAUGAGUACAUUGAACAUGUAUAUAUAUGUUUGGAUGCGGUAUGUUUUUCGUUUUGAUCAUUCCGUCCGUUUCUUAUCUGAGGAAAAGAAAGUAAUUGACUAGUCAUCAUCGUUGUUGUUGACUGAGUUCCUUUACUUAGUUGUAAAGUGUUUUGGUAGAGAAACAAAGUGAAAAGAAAGCCUUUGAACUCAUAAAUAGAAAGGACAUUCACGAUUCCUCACCAUGAACAGCGACGAAGCAGGUGACCCUCUUACCUAUACCUACGGAAGUCGUAGUUCACUUACGUCCGAUAGAGAAGAGGAUAGAAAAGAAAUACAUAUAUUCAAGGUCAAGUCAGCGGAUUCUGAUUCUAAUUCUAAUUCCAAAGCCGAUGACGAAAUCAGCCAAGAUGGUUUGGGAUCACCGAUUCCACCAAGGACUCUUUACUCUUUAGUCUUUGGACCAAAGGUAAAAUUUUCAAAUGAUGCGAUAGCCACACAGUACUCUGUGUACGAUGAUCCUUCUGUACGAGAAGCAUAUUACCCUAUCGAUACCUAUGAAAAUAUUCACCGAUUCGACACGAGUUUCCGAUGGAAUUGGGGAGAGGAAAAGGUACUUGUUAGAAAGAUGGAUUUGUUUAUUAUGCUCUGGACAUGUGUCAUGUUUAUCGCCCUCGAGCUAGAUCGCGCAAAUAUCAAACAAGCGUUGAGUGAUAACUUUUUGGGUGAUCUAGAUAUGAAUACAAACGAUUACAACAAUGGAAACAUUAUUUUUUAUUGUUCCUUUUUACUUGCCGAAUUACCGUCGCAACUCAUCAGUAAACGUCUUGGUCCUGAUCGCUGGAUACCCACGCAAAUCGUUCUUUGGAGUAUUGUGACUAUUUUUCAAUUUUUCUUAAAAAACAAAUCUUCUUUUUAUGUGACCCGAGCUUUGCUUGGUGUUUUAGAAGGUGGAUUCAUUCCGGAUGUGGUUUUGUAUCUUUCCUACUUUUACACUGGUUCUGAGCUGAACCUUCGUUUUUCCUUCUUUUGGAUUUCCAAUGCUGUCGCGGAUAUUUUCGCUGCUUUUUCCGCUGUUGGUAUUCUCAAGUUGGGUGGUCGCCAUGGGAUUGCUGGAUGGCGUUACCUCUUUCUGAUUCAAGGCCUUAUCACCCUAAUCAUUGGGGUUUUCUCCUAUGGAAUGAUGCCUUCUGGGCCCACUUCCACUGCUUCUUGGUUUCGCGGGAGAAAUGGCUGGUUUAGUGAACGACAAGAGAAAAUCAUUGUCAAUCGAGCAUUGCGAAACGAUCCUUCAAAAGGAACUAUGCACAAUCGACAGGCAUUAACUCCUAAACUAUUAUGGAAAGCCAUUUGUGAUUAUCAUUUAUGGCCUCUGUAUGCAAUCGGAAUUUGUUUUAUGAUCCCAUAUACUCCACCAAACGCAUACUUGACGUUGAGUCUAAAAGAUCUUGGAUUCUCGACAAUAAAAACCAACUUGUUAGUCCUCCCAUCUAUAUUUUUAAAGAUGUUAAACAUGCUGGCACUCACUUUUUUCAGUGAAAUGGUUGGUGAGAAAACACUUGUUUGCAUGGGAUCUCAGUUUUACGUAUUACCGCUUCUAAUUGCUUUGUACGUUUUAUCUAGUUCUACUAGUAGGUGGGUAUUAUACACUGUCUCCACUUUGCUUGUCGCUACGCCCUAUGCACAUCCAGUGCAAGUAGGUUGGAAUUCCCAAAAUUCAAAUUCUGUUCGCACUCGAACCGUUUCCGCCUCGUUAUACAAUAUAUCCGUUCAGGUUGGAAGUAUACUGGCUUCAUUUAUUUAUCGGGCGGAUGAUGCUCCGCGUUACCGUCGAGGAAAUCGCGAUCUUAUUGCCAUAACUUGUCUAAGCAUUCUUUUAUAUAUUUUUACGAAAAUUUUCUAUGUCCGUCUUAAUCGAAAAAGAGAGAUACUGUGGAAUGGACUGACGGAAGCGGAGAAAAAGAAUUGCGUUGAGAAUACUUCGGAUGAAGGAAACAAAAGGUUAGACUUUCGUUUUCUUCACUGAUUCUUCAAUGGAUUUUAAUUUCUUUAUUUUACGUUUAUAAUGAAUGAAAUGUCUUUUAUUUUUUA